UUCCUCUCGAACAAGAGAAGAUCACCAUCCAACGCGGCGGAGACCUUGAAGCCGUCUGUAUCACUACCGAUGUUCCGUUAACUAGCUUGCUGAUGUCGCUCAUUGCCGUGUAUGCUAGCGACUUUGCCCCAUGGACCCGCUGUCAUUUACAGCAAGCCUCAUAGCACUGAUAGGUGCGGCCAAUGCCGCUUCCCAGGGUCUCCAAAAGUUAAUCAGGUUGAGAGGUGUGCCAGAUGUCAUCUUGGCAUUGAACAACGAAGUCUCUGACCUUCAAUUACUGUUACACGAGGUUAACUCUCUUUUUAGCGAAGCCAGAUCGGUUCACGCUGAAAAUCGUGGCUCGACCGCGCCCAAGAUAGCUGGCUUCCAGAGCCUCCCUCCCAUACUUGAGCACAUCCAAGCGAAAUUGAACGAUCUCGAUACCAUCCUCAAAAAACUCCCUGCCAAUGGCCUCAAAUUUACGAGUAAGGUGUUGUGGUUGAGGGUGGAGUCGAAUGUGUUUAAGAUACGCAAUGAGCUUGGAACCCUGAAACACAACCUGAACACUGCACUGGGCAUACUGACCUCGAGUAUCGCAUUGCGGGUUCAGGUUGAGCUUCGGGAUCUUCGCGUUACUACAAGUCAUGGGCAACUGGGCUUCUCUCAGGUCGUCGCUAAACAACAUUCGUCAUUGGAAAAAUCAUUAGCAACAAUCCUGAAAUAUCACGAUAACAAUGAGGGGCGCUUUGACAAGAUUGAGCAAGGGCUUCUGAGCCUUUCAGAGCAGGUCCAGCAGCAGCAGCCCCCGGUCAUACCUGUUGCGAGCCAUGCGCCUACCCCGUGGGCCAAUCAAGAGCAGAAGCCACCAAUUGCAACAUCGGGGUUUGGCGCACUUCAGAUGAGGUUCUCACAACGAACCAGAUGUGAGUCCUGGUGCAGAUGUGCCUGUCAUGUACAGGUGAGCAUGCAUACGCCAAAGCUUCUGAGGUCUGUCGUGGGCAUGCUGUUUAUUGGAUACACUGGAAUCCCAGCACUCAGUCCCGCAUGCGACAGCAACGUUUGUAAGGGCAAUUCCGAAGGGCUGCUACAUGUUCAUUAUUUCUUUCCACCUUGGUUCCUGGCAAAGGUCGCUUCAAUCGCAUUGAGCAUCAGUCGGGCCAAUGGUCCAGAGCUUUGCCUCCGCGUCGCAAACGUACGGCCUGAGUGGGAUCCAAUCUUCAAGGAUUGUUACUUCGGCGACGUUGAAGCCGUCAGGUCAAGCUUAGUUGCGGGCAAGGCUUCAGUCCUAGAUGUCAACGCUAGCAACGGAAACAGCCUCCUACAUCUUGCAAUGUACAAAAGCCAACUUGAGGUUGUGGAGCUGCUCAUCCAAUUUGGAGCCGAACCACACGCAGAAAACUAUACGAGGGAAUCACCAUAUGACAUGGCCUGGAAUUCGAUCUUGUGUUUCCAGGGUACCUCAAACUCAUCAAAAUGGAAGAUAGACCAGUUGUUGAAGAUCUAUCCCAAUGAGGACGCGUGUGUAGGCAGAAGGAAGCUCACUCAAUUGCACAAGGUCGUGAUGAACAUGCUACAUAUUGACCUGAAGCAAGAAGUCCUCCAGCAUCCAACGUUGAUCGAUCAGCCCGAUGCUGACGGGAGGACGCCACUGCACUGGGCAGCCGCUCGCGGCAACAGCGAAGCCGUUCGAACGCUGCUUGAGCACGGAGCCUCUCCAAACAAAACAGACUUUAUCAUGCAGGGCCCGCUGCGAUCUUCCCUCAAAGCCGACGGUCCAGAGUGUAUGGAGCUCCUCCUUCAGGCUGGAGCGAGAGUCGACCAACGCGAUACAUGGGGUCAAACCUGCCUCAUUGCCGCGAUGUACUAUUCUUACCCAGAGUUCUUCAUUCCAGCCCUCCUCUCAUGCGGCGCCAACGUCAAUGCGUCCGACUACUCCGGCCAGUCUCCAAUUUUCGAAGCCGUCCGCAAUAAUCAUACCUCGGCCGUCCGCAUCCUCAUACGACACGGCGCCCGCAUCAACAGCGCGGCUGACAACAACGGAACGACACCACUCCAGGGCGGUGUCACCAACAACUCCCAUGAUUCCGUCUCUGAGCUCCUGACCCACAAGUUCGACACAGGCGCGCUCGACAAGGCCGGCCGCUCGGUGCUGCACUACGCCGCGCUCUUCGCCGAUGUGCCCAUGCUACGCCUCCUGGCAUGCGCUCGCAUGUACGGCCUCGAUCCUACUGUAAGAGACAAGCAGGGCCACAUGGCCGCGGAGCUGGCUCACCAACGCAUCGAGGGACAAAGGGCGGAGAUGAACGAGGCUCGGAUGACACAGGAUGAGCUUGUGGAUUGGGAGAUUGCGUUUGCGGAGCUGCUGCUCAGUGUAACCGUGCCCUCGAGGGUCGACACGAGGUUGGCGAGGAUGGAGCAUGAGGCCGAGAAAUCAGACUCGGAGGAUACGACGUCGUUUCAUUCUACAAUUGACCAUUUUGCGGAGCUGGGAAUUGUUUAGAUAGUGAAGACAGGGGGAAAAGGGCCG